UCUCGAUGCAUCCACCUGUCUCCGCUACUUGAUGGACAAGAAGAAGAAGAAGCUGCCACACCGAAGAAACCUACUCUCAAUUUCUCCAAUCAUCCCCACCGACUUAUAUAUAUAACUCAUUCCUCUAGCAAAUAUCUCCAAGGAGAACCUCUCUUCCUUCUUUCUCUUCUUCUCUCUUUUUCUCUCUAACCGUUUGAUAAUCAGAUGGCGCGAAAUCUGAGAUGGGUUCUGCUUAUUGUAGCGGUGGUGUCGUGGUGUCUUGUUUCAACACUGGAAGCGAGCGAAGGAGAUGCUGAUCCUCUUUACAAGUCAUGUGUGGAUCAAUGUCAGAAAACUGGAUGCGUGGGAGACAAUUGCUUCCAGCACUGUAAAUUUUCAGCUGAUGGAAAAGCAAUAGACGGUCCUUGGUACAUGCAAGAGCCACUUUACCUGCGUUGGAAACAAUGGGACUGCCAGAGUGAUUGCCAGUACGAAUGCAUGAUGACAAGAGAAGAAGAGAGGAAAAGAAACGGAGAGAAACCCACCAAGUACUUCGGUAAAUGGCCACUCAAACAUGUCUAUGGGAUUCAGGAACCUGUCUCCGUUGCUCUCUCUGCUCUUGACCUAGCGAUACAGUUCCAUGGAUGGGUCUCCUACUUCAUCCUCGUUUACUAUAACUUGCCUCUCCAGCCAAACCGGAAAACUUACUACGAGUACAACGGAUUGUUGCAUAUCUAUGCCAUCAUUGUAAUGAACUCACUCUUCUGGAGUGGUGUUUGUCACAGCAGAGAUGUUGCAUUGACAGAGAGGCUAGAUUACUCAUCAGCUACAGUGUUAGCCGGGUUUUCGCUUAUUCUAGCUAUAAUCAGGUCUUUUAGUAUACAUGAUAAAUCUGCAAAAGUCAUGGUUACUGCACCUAUUCUUGCAGUUGUAGCAACUCAUAUCCUCUACCUCAACUUCUACAACCUUGAUGAAGGGCUUCACAGGAAAGUUAUAAUCGGAAUAGGAGCAGUGGAGCUAGUGGUGUGGGGUGUAUGGGCGGCUUUAACGUCACAUCCAUCAAAGUGGAAGCUAAGAGCUUUCUUUGUCUCGAGCAUACUCACAAUGUGUCUUAGAAUGCUUGAUUUCCCACCGUACAAAGGGUAUGUUGAUGCUCAUGCUCUUUGGCGAGCUGCAGGGAUCCCUCUCUCUUACCUUUGGUGGAGUUUUGCCUGCGACGACGCCGUUUUCAGGACCACUGUUCUUCUCAAGAAGUCAAAGUGAUGGAAAGAAAAUUGGUUCAAGGCUCUCUUUUUUUUUUCGGGUGAGGUUCUCCGGUGUUCAGAAAGUUGUUUUUAGGUUGUGUUUUCGCAGAAGAAGCAAAUGUUUUUGUGUUCUUCUGUGGUGAAUCUUGGUAGUGUUUUGGGGUCAUAUGCUCUGUUUUUCUUGUGUGUUUUUUUGGGUCUUUUUUCUUUUUUCUCUCAUGGCUUGUCGGCUGGAGAGUUUUACCGUCGGGGAGGAAUUGACCUUUGAUGAUCACCACUUUGUUUGCUU